CAUGCUCGGUCGAGACCCGAGCAUUGAAUAUUUGGACAAAGAAAAGAUCAUCCAUGGACCAUAGCUAGCCAUGGCGUUAUUAUGUAUUUGAGCAUUUGCAGCUGUCGCUAUGCAAAAUUAGUCGAAAAUGGUAGAGAGAUUCUUCUCGGUGAGGCAAGUAGAGCUCCUCAACCACAGCCACUACGACCCAAUUAUGCUUCUCUCCGGCCCUCCUUCCUGCGGAAAGACCUCGUUGCUAUUCCAGUUCGCAUUCAACUCCGCGGUAGGUAGCAGCCAUGAAGUGGUGUUCAUAUGCAACCGGCGCAAGCUAGAAAGCAAACCUCCCUAUCUCUCUCAGGGAAUCGAUCCAUCCUCGGACACCUUUCAGCGUAUACAAAUGAAAUAUGUGGAAGAAGAUGAAGGAAUUAAAAAUUACUUUGCCGCAUUCCACCUGCAUGAGACAAUUCCUGCAGCAGUUGUUAUCGACGAUUUUGGAGACUUCUUCGAGGAAAGGAGCUGCCAGGAGAAAUAUAAUAAUCCUCGUGGAAGAGACUUGGCGAUGGUUCGGACUCUAGCUUUAUGUCACAAUGCAAUUGCUCAUGCAAAUAAGACGGGUCCUUGCAAGCUUCUCUUGUCCGACACACACCAUGGAGACUCUCCAAGGUUGCUCUUUAUCUAUAAAAGAUGGAUUCCAGCCAUUUUCACAAUUAAAGGUGAUGGCUUGGGAUCGUUUGUUCUGAAAAGCAACAGUAGUUCGGUAACUGGCAGCUCUGUGAGGAUGAGAACUGCAAAGUACUCCAUAGCUCUGCAGCAUCUGACAUUGGAGGGGAUCACUGAAGAGAGUGAACAUCGAACUAAUAUUGAUCAAUCAGGAGACCUGGACGUGUGUUCCUCUGAAGGUCAUGUAGCUGAAAUUCGCUCUGCCGAAUCGGUCGUAUGCCACCGCAGUUGUUUUGUUUGGAGGACAUUAGGAAGACUCUAGUCUUGGUAUGGAUCUACACGUGGUUUUGUGGGUGUCACGGGAAGCAAGGCGCCUUGCCGUCUAGAUUUUAUGUGUGAAUCUGUGAUAUUAGGAUCAACACACAGAGUUUGUGAAUUUUGGGUACUCUAGAAAUAUAUGGAUUUUGCCAUCUACUUGACGAGAUGAGGCAUAAGGCUUUUUGUAACAAUCUAAGGCUCAAAUCA